AGUUGUGCAGCAUUCCGUGACUUUUGGACUGCUCGACAAUCGACAACUCAACUGUUACCAGUAGGGAUACGAGUACACGUACUGUACACUUGCGGUAGCAUACCGGUAGCAUGGUCCCAGAGUCGAUGAGUGUGAUUGGUUGCUUUGUUUGGUUUCUCGGCCGCAACACAACAACAAGAUCGUAGCACGAGCACGCAACAUUCCGCAGCAACAUUCCAUAGGACAACGCAUCGCGCUUUUUCGCCCUCGAUCUUUUUUGUGCAUUGUACGGACUGCUUUCCGUUCGGUGGCACAGAGAGCACUUGAUUUCAUGGACACUCCCGCGAGGGAACCAGAGGCCUCCAGGCUUUCCGUCUUGUCGGUCCAAAGCCCGCCUGAAUGCGUUCUGAAUGUGGAUGUAAAUCUGUUUUGCCCCUCCGCCACACCAGGGUCUGGACGAGACAACAGCCACCUCGUCGAUGACUACGAACCCAUACCAUACAACGCCAAUGGAAACUUCAACGGCAACACAAACGGCAACACAAAAGGCAACAUAAACGGCAAGAAUCCCAGUGAUUACAAUUAUGUUUCGCGCUAUAACAGUAGCAGGCCGCCUCCUCUCCCCGAUGUUCGGGAGGCGAUCGCCAAACAGGAACUGCUGGCAAUUCAAGAAGAAAUGGCGCACCUGACACUUCACCAGCAAGAGUCGGCCCGAAGGAGUGUCCUGGGAAGGUCUUCUAUGCAAUUGCAAGCGCACACCACUCCCAACAGUGUCGACAAUCCCAACAAUAGAACUCCCCUCGAAUGCCCGGCGUUCCUCGGUCGAAAACUCGAAACGAUGAAGCGCGAACUCGAAAACCUGGAAACAAGGUUUUGCCAUACCAACACUUGCGGCAGCGAUGAUGACUCGAUGGUCUCAGCCUAUCGAAUGGCCUCGAUGAAAGAAAACAACAGCAUCAAUCGCAGCAACAGCGACAAGGAAAACUCCUACGUGGACGAUCCUGACUUUCGGCUGGGCUUUCUGCGGGCCGAGCGGUACGACGCUCGCAGGGCAGCAUCCCGCAUGUGGCGAUACCUCUCCGAAAAGCGCGACCUCUUUGGCAUCGAGUGCCUCCGGCGCUCCAGCGGGCAUAUCUUCCUGUCCGACCUUGGUCACGACGGCCUUUCUGUUCUCUCGAUGGGGGCCAUACAGGUCCUUCCACAGCGCGACGCUGCCGGGCGGAGGGUCAUCUUUGGUUGCCCGCUUCCCGGAAAUUCCCACGCCAUCCACGGAUACACGAUUCGAGGCGCAGCGAAGGCCCAUUUCUACGUCUACUCGUCCCUUCUCGAGGACGAUACCGAUGUAGGUAGGAUCAAGGGCGUUGUGGGGGUACUCUGGAGGGUCCACCACCCGGAGAUCCACCCGGACAUCAUCGCUGCCACCGUGAGGGUCCGCGAAUGUGCCCCCAUCAAGUUCUCUGCCUACCACAUGUGCCACGGGGUGUACAACAACCACGCGGCGGCUCCUGCUAGCGACCAGUCCCGGCACAACACCAACCGCAACUACUACGAAGCGAUGUACGACUACGCCAGGCGCAUCGUGACUUUUUUGCUGCCCAACCUCCAGCGCAUCGGACAGAUGCGGUACUACCGGGCCCACUACGGGACCGCACUCGAAUGCAGGUACAGUCUGUACUCUCGGUAUGGGUGUCCGUCGGAUUGUUUUCCACUCUUGCACGGCAGCGGUGGCGAUGGGCUAGUGAACCCCCGGUGCGUCGAAGAGUGGAUGGCCUAUCGAAAAAGGAUCGACGACGACCAGGAAGAGAAACAAAAGUGGAGAGCGAUUGCCACCAACAUUGGCAUGAUCCAGCCACUGGCACCGACACAAAGGGAGGUCACCAUCGAACGAGACAGAAACAGCGACGGCUGGCCUUCGACGGCAGGUGAUUGCGAUGGCAAUGGCAAUGGCGACGGCAAUGGCAAUGGCAAUGGCAAUGGCGACGGAAAUGGCAAUGGCAAUGGCGACGGAAAUGGCGACGGCGACGGCGAUGGCAAUCACAGAGCCUCCUCCUCGUCCUCCUUACGGCUCAGCGACUGGAGUGAGACCCUUGCGGACGCCUUUGUGGCGGCCAUGAACGAAAGCGGCUGCAACGACAGUGACAUCGACGACGACGACAACAACAACAUGAUCAUCAUGAACAACAACAACAACAACAACAACAACAGCCGUUUCGCACCGGAACGAAUUCGCCGGGUAUCCUCCGCUGGUGUUACGGAUCGGUUUGUGCCCGGUCGGGAAAACACCGAUCACAAACACGACGCCCGCCAUACAGUUGUCCCUCCCCGCACGGGUUUGGCGCUGGCGGUAGCACCGACAGCAUCGCCACUGCCGUCUGUUCGUGACGUCUUGCUGGGCCGGGGCCGGCCCCUCCAGAAACACCCCGGUAACCUCCGCCUGCGGAUGUUAAUCUCUGAUCGCUUGGACGAAUACGAAUCGUCCACCAAGCCGGAGAAAACGUGGCUCGCUGAGGACAUUGUAAAGGAAGUCAGGGCAGGCGGGGGCAGGUUUUUGCAAAAGAGAAAGCCGACUGAAAACGCGAAAGCAAAAGAAGCGGGGCCGGGCAUUUGCGUUGGCGUUGGCGUUGGUAUUUCCGGUGAACGCAAGAAUGCUGCUGCCGAUGACGAUACUGUCAACGAUGGCACCGUCGAGUGCGGCUGGGAGGAGGUUGACGAUCACACGGCCCGCCUCAAGGUCGCGUACACCUUUCGAACUCUGCGCAAAACGAAAACAAAAGCAAAAACGAGAGAACCAAGGCAACAGCAGAGUACAAGGGCAAAACCAUAACAGGCAAGACCAGACUGGUCGAUCUUGCACUCCCAGUACCCGCAUCUCAUCGAUGGGUGGCCUCGUGGUUUCUCUGGCAAAGCAAACAACGACGACACUACUUUUCUAAAAAACCGCAACUCGCAGACGACAGCUCUGCUCUCGGUGGAAUGCAUGGUGAUUCGUUCGUAGAACCAGAACGAAAAUGUCUUUGGCUUGAGGCGCGGUCCUCUGUACGAGUGCUUUCUUUUUCAACAACAUCUGUUAUAUAUUAUAGAAACAUUAUUUUUUCUUAAUUUGUACUGUUCACAUUAUUUGUUCAUGAAAUCGACGGUAUUUCUCACUCGGAAUGGAUUGGUACAUCGGUUUGGAUAGUAGCAGUGCCGAAAGGCGAAUGUGUUGUGAGUGUGUCGUGCGAGGGAGUGGAGAGAAUGGAAAGGUUGAUCUGUAUGGGAUGGGAUGGGCGUUGGUGUUCGCAGGUGAUCAUCGAGUCGUAGAUUAGGGGAGGGGUUCGCCCGAAGUGGAUUCGGUGCUGGUUGAGGUCGUCGAGACUGUCGGUGAAGUGGUCGGUGGGUUGGUCGGUGGGUUAGUCGGUGGGUUUGUAGGUGGGUUGGUUGGGGGUGGGGUGGGUGACCUCGUGGGAGGCUUUGUGACCGGGCCUUUCUUGGGAUGCUUGGACUUUUUGGCUUUCUUUGGCAUCUUGGGGUGGGGUGCGGGAGGCCCCUUCUUGGUCUUGAGUACGCGGCUCCCGGGGAGGCUCGCUGCCAUCGCACCGUUUGGCUCCGAUAGGAUGCCGAGGAGGACGAUCGCGAGGAAAGGAACGAGGGACGAUUUUUUCAUGAUGGCCAUUGUGUUUUCUUUGACGCAGGUAAUGUAAAACAAGGCUUGCAAUAAUGGUGCGUGCAGUGA